AUGUCUCUAGCAAGGCCGACGAGACUGCUGUCGCUUGCAUCUCGGGGGCUUCUGACUCCUCGACGGGAUCUUGCGGCCCGCGAUGCCGACGACUCUCUACCUGUGGUUCGCAUCCCGCGGGCUCUACAGCAGCGGCAGGAACAACGGCAGGGCAGGCGGCGGAGCCCUGUGCGGCCGGUGCUGGUGCGACCUGGCCCGCUGUUGGUCUCCGCGCGGCGACCCGAGUUCAACCAGCCCGCGCGCCUCACGCUGGGCCGUUGGGAGUGCGCGCCACUCGCUUCUCGCGGCUGGAAGAAUCGGCGCGCGUGCCACGACCACUUCUCCAUCGAGCGCGCGCAACGCGAGGCACCCGCGCAGCCGAACCUCUCGUGCGAGCGCACCUUCGCCGAUCUGGGGCUGGAGCUCCGCAUGCUAAGCGCGCUGAAGGAGGCUGCUCCCGAAGUCGUUCGGCCUACAACCGUGCAGUCAAGCACCAUCCCCCCACUGCUUCGUGGCCGUCACAUCCUUUGCGCCGCAGAAACCGGCAGUGGCAAGACUCUCAGCUACCUACUACCCCUGCUUCAACGACUUUUGGGCCGGCCAAACCUGGACUCAUGUCAUAUCCCUGCUCCGCGAGGUCUGGUGCUUGUGCCUUCCCGAGAAUUAGCUGAACAGGUGCGAGCCGUGGCCCGACCCUUGGCCAGCUCCGUGGGCCUCCUGGUGCGGGAUCUAGGCGGAGGCCACGGCAUGAGUAGAAUCAGUCUGCAGCUGUCCAAACAGCCUCCAGCAGAUGUGCUAGUGGCCACCCCAGGGGCUUUGUGGAAGGCCCUGAGGCGUCAUCUGAUCAGCCUGGAACAGCUCUCUUUCUUGGUAUUGGAUGAGGCAGACACACUGUUGGAUGAAAGCUUCCUGGAAAUGGUGGAGUACAUUUUGGAGAAAAGCCAAAUAGCAGAAGGCACAGAUGACUUAAAGGACCCCUUUAAUCCCAAAGCGCAAUUAGUAUUGGUCGGGGCCACAUUUCCCGAAGGUGUAAACCAGCUGCUGAGUAAAGUUGCCAACCCUGACUCUCUAACCACUAUCACUAGCUCCAAACUCCACUGCAUCAUGCCUCAUGUCAGACAGACAUUUAUAAGACUGAAGGGAACAGAGAAGGUGACUGAGUUGGUGCAGAUUCUUAAACACCAUGACAGAGCCCAUAGAAUUGGCCCAUCAGGGACUGUUCUGGUGUUCUGUAAUACCUCCAGCACUGUAAACUGGCUGGGAUAUAUUCUGGAUGACCACAAAAUCCAGCACUUAAGGCUGCAGGGACAAAUGCCUGCCUCAAUGAGGGCAGGUAUCUUCCAAGGCUUCCAGAAUGGAUCCCGAGACAUACUUCUCUGCACAGACAUAGCCUCUCGGGGCUUGGACAGCACCCAGGUGGAGCUAGUUAUCAAUUAUGACUUCCCCCUCACCCUGCAGGACUACAUCCACAGAGCGGGGAGGGUGGGCCGUGUGGGGAGCGAGGUACCAGGCACUGUCAUCAGUUUUGUGACCCAUCCCUGGGAUGUGAGUCUGGUUCAGAAAAUUGAGCUGGCAGCUCGCCGGAGAAGAAGUCUUCCAGGACUAGCGUCCACAGUGAGUGAACCUUUGCCCCAGCAAUCCUGAUUUCAACUGGCUUAAAUGUGAUGCCAAGAAUGGAUUUUUCCCCUGAGUCCUGAGUAGGUGAGCACACUUGUCAGUAGGAUGCACUGAGGUCAUCCUUAAUCUCCCUGAAGACUGGUGAGCUGGCUUCAAAAGUAAGCUGUUGGCCAGCAUAGAAGAAUAAACUGUUAAGGUUGGCUCUCUGGUUUUUUCACAUGACUCGUGACAAAUAA